AUGUGUAUGGGUAUGGAGGAUACGUCUAUAAGUAUACCUGGUACAAAUCCAAUGAAGUUUUAUCUGUCAUUCACAAUACUUUGCGAUAAUUUUAUCGACCAUAGGAAAAUUGACGGGCUUAACUAUACAGAUGAAAUUGAUUGUGAAAAAGAUUGGCCUUGUAACAAUAUAUAUACACGAUGUGAUGGAAAAUGGAAUUGUCACAAUGCAAUCGAUGAAGCCAACUGUCCUUAUAAUCCAUGGCAUCCUAAUGGACAUCCUUGUAUAUUACCUUUUCAUCACAAUUUUACUUGUUUAUCUCUCUCGCGAAUUAAUGAUGGUCGUAUUGACUGUUUAGGUGGUGAUGAUGAACAAGAUCGCUGUGGAGCAAUCGUGGAAUCAGCUGUCGGUAGAACGUAUCGUUGCUUCAAUGAGACACAGUGCAUUUAUAUGUAUGAGAUAUGUACUUCAAACGUACAACAUUGUUCAUCAGGAGAUGACCAAGAUUUAUGGUGUAAAAAGGUAAAUUUAUCAGAUUUUGUAGAUUAUAACGAUAUUUAUCAAAAACCACGCGGUUUCGAUUAUCAGUUCUAUCGCUAUCAACUAAUUGAGGGCCUACGAAAAGAUUCUUUUGUCUAUUUUACAUUGAAAAGUCAUCUUCUUUAUCCCCCCUCUCUUGAAACAGCUACCAACGAGUAUAAUGCCACCGCAGCAACGGCCAUCGAAACUGUUUAUUCUAAUCCAUUUGGUCCCGUAUGGUAUUCGGAAUCGAAGAAUCAUGGUUUAUAUUCAAUUUGUAAUCGCGGAAUUCCUAUCUAUGUAAAUAAUUUCUCAGAAAUCUUUUGUUUAUGUCCUCCAGCUUAUUUCGGAUAUCGAUGUGAAUAUCAAAAUCAACGAAUUAGUCUUACAUUACAGUUUCGAACAGUUGAAUUGCGAACCGUAUUCACUUUUGUUAUUAUGCUGAUUGACGACAAUACAACCAUUCAUUCUUCAGAACAACAUGAUUAUGUGUCCGUACGUGAUUGUUCAAAAAAAUUCAAUUUCUAUCUUCUCUAUUCGACACGGUCAAAAUAUACCAAUCAAACGUAUUAUGUCCGUAUUGACACAUAUAAUAAAGAAAAAUUGGAAUAUUAUGCUAGUAUGAUCUAUCCUAUUCAAUAUUCAUUCUUACCAGUACAUCGUCUUUCACUGCAAGUCGAUGUACCAGUACCAACAGUUGCAGAGAAAUCGAAAAUUUGUCCUUUGAAAUGUUUGCAUGGGCAAUGUAGAUAUUUUUCCAAUUCCGAUAAAUACUUCUGUCAAUGUUCUAUAGGUUAUUCUGGAAUGUUAUGUACAAUAGAGAAUGUAUGUGAUUAUUCAUUAGAUUCGAUUUGUAUUGGAGUUGUAAACAAUCGAUCAAUAUGUGUUUGUCCUCUUGAUAAAUUUGGACCACGUUGUUAUUUGAUGAGGACAACUUGCGUCUCGCAUCUAUAUUCUAAUAAUAGUCGAUGUAUUCCUCAUGAUGAGAAAAACUCUGAAAUGGAAUACGUUUGUCUUUGUUCUCAAGGCUACAUGAGUUCAAGAUGUGAAAAUCUCGAGACAAAAAUCGAAUUUCAUUUUGCUAAAAGUAUAUCCAUUCCACAAAUGAUUUUCAUUCAUUUUGUUUAUUUUCCACCAGAAUCUAGCCCAUUGCCUAAAAUACCUCCUGAUCCAAUACAAGUAACUAUUAUGUCAAAAUUAAAGUUUCAUGAAAGUUCUACUACUGUUUAUUAUGGAGGAGCAUUUCAUCUAGUAUUUGUAGAAUUUUAUCAACAGUAUUAUCUUGCUUUACUUCAACAUAAUUUCACAUCAGUAAUUAAUAUUUCAACGUCAAUUAUUCCUGAACAUCAAUGUUUCUCAAUCAAAGAUUUAUUCACUGUUGAUAUUCGAAUUUUAUCACGAUGGCAUCGUGCUAAAAAAUAUCAUAUUCCAUUCGAUUAUCCUUCUACUUAUCGUUGCUUAGGAUAUAAUUAUUGUGAAAAUAAUGGUCAAUGUUUUCAAGAUAAUAAUACUUGUCCAACAUUAUCGGCAUGUUUAUGCAAAGAAUGUUAUUAUGGUGGUCGAUGUCAAUUUACUACAACAGGAUUUGGUCUAUCACUCGAUGAUAUUCUUGGAUAUAAUAUUUGGCCAAGUGUUCCUUUCUCACGACAACCAAUUGUAGUGAAAAUCACUACAGCUUUUACUGUACUGAUUUUUGUUAUUGCCAUUAUCAAUAGUAUUUUAUCGAUCAUUACCUUUCAAAGAAGAGAUCACUUGAAAUAG